UUUAGUUGUUUUUCUUUAGGUUAUUAAUUUUAUAUUAUUUUAAAUUGUAGCGCGGGAUCAUUGAAUCAAAGUGUAAGUGUAGGUGACUCACUCAUUGCUGGCAAUGGACCAACUCGAUGGCUAUCUCCUUUAGAAGAUUUUGCAUUUGGGUUUUACCAACUUCCUAAUGAACUUUUUUUACUGGCUAUAUGGUACCAUAAAAUACAAAAUGAUUCAAUUAUUUGGUAUGCUAAUGGAGACAACCUUGCUCCUAAGGGAUCUAGAUUGGUAUUAAGUAAUUCUUUUGGGUUGGUACUUACUAGCCCUAAAGGUUCAGAGAUAUGGAGAUCAUCAAAUUUUAAUUUGGGUAGAAUUUCAAGAGGUCUAAUGAAGGAUGAUGGAAAUUUUCAGUUACGAGACCAAAACUUUGUUGUAUUAUGGGAAAGUUACAAUCAUUUUACUGACACAUUAGUUCCUGGUCAAGCUUUAAAUUUGAACAACUCUCUUCAUUCUCGACAAGGAGAAUUCAAUUUUUCACGAGGAAGGUUUGAACUUUGCCUACAAGAAAGUGGGGAUGUUGUGCUCAAUCGUGUAAGUUUUCCUUCAAAUACAAACAUUAAUGCUCAAUUUGAGGCUUACUAUGAUAGUCGCACAGUUGACCCGUAUAAUAAAUCUGCAAAUGUUGGUCAGAAACUUAUAUUUGACAAAUAUGAAUUAUACAUAUCGAAAAAAAAUAGCUCAAAGUUUUCUAUCAUCGGCAACCGAAAUGAGACAUUUUUAAAUGAUGACUUCUACUACAAAGCAACAAUCAAUUAUGAUGGAGUAUUUACCUUGUCAUAUUUUCCUAAAUAUCUAAAAAAUGUUACGAGUUGGUUAGUUGCGAAGACAAUACCUGAGAACAUGUGUUCGAAUGAUAAUUUUAACAAUGGUAAAGGUGUUUGUGGAAUAAAUAGUAUUUGCAACCUUCGAUAUGAUCAAAGGACAAUGUGUACAUGUCUAAAAGGUUAUUCUCUAAUUGAUUCAAACAACAGAUAUGGUGGUUGCAAACAAAAUGUCCAAAUCAUUUGUCCAAGUAGGCAUAAUGUUUCACAUAAGGAUGCAUAUUUGAUGAUGAGAUUGUCCAACAUUUAUUGGCCUAAAUCUGAAUAUAAAACAUGCAAUUCUUGUACUCUUGAAGACUGCAAGGAUUAUUGUUUGCAAGAUUGCUUAUGUGUGUUGGCUUUUUUCAAUGGAAGUUCUUGUUGGAAGAAUAAUUUGCCACUCUUACAUGGGAGAAAAGAGUUGACAGUAAGAGGAACUUAUUUCAUAAAAAUAGAUAAAACUGAGACUCCAUCAUCCUUCUCCAGUGAGAUGGACGAUCAAGAUAAUGGCAAAACAAAAAUGAAGAAAGUUCAUGAAACUUUGAUUAUUGUGAUAUCAAUUAUUUUUGUGAUUUCAACAUUGGUUGGUGCAAUAGUUUUUUGGAAAAAACAUAAGAAGACCGAAAGUGGUGUAUCCAUCAAGAGUAUUGUUGACAAAAACUUAAGAAUUUUCACCUUUAAGGAAAUUACAGAAAUAACAAACAACUUUAGAGAAGAAUUAGGAAGAGGGUCUUGUAGCAUUGUAUAUAAAGGAACAAUAGAGGCAGAUGUUUGUGUGGCUGUUAAGAAACUAGACAAGUUAUUCCAAGAUAGUGAUAAAGAAUUUCAAACUGAAAUGAAUGUGAUAAUUGAAACUCAUCAUAGGAAUCUUGUUCGCCUUCAUGGGUAUUGUAGUGAGGAACAACACAGAAUUUUGGUGUAUGAGUUAAUGAGUAAUGGUACUCUAGCAAGCUUCAUUUUCACCCCUUUGAAACCAAGUUGGAACCAACGGGUUUGGAUUAUCAUUGGAAUUGCAAGGGGUCUUGUUUACUUGCAUGAGGAAUGUUGCACCCAAAUCAUCCAUUGUGACAUAAAGCCACAAAACAUACUUCUAGAUGAUGAUUACAAUGCUAAGAUUUCUGACUUUGGGUUUGCAAAACUGUUAUUGAUAAAUCAAAGUCACACAAAAACUGGAAUUAGAGGAACCAAAGGUUAUGUUGCACCCGAUUGGUUUAGGAGUGCUCCGAUCACUGCUAAGGUUGAUGCUUAUAGUUUUGGUGUGUUGCUACUAGAGAUUAUUUGUUGUAGGAAAAAUGUUGAGGAUGAUAACGUUAGUGAAGAAAAAAGGAUUUUAAUUGAUUGGGCAUAUGAUUGCUACAAGGCUGGAAGAAUGGACAUUCUUCUCGAAAACGAUUACGAGGUAGUAAAUGAUAUCAGCAAAUUGGAAAAGUUUGUCAUAAUUUCUAUUUGGUGCACUCAAGAAGAUCCAUCUCUAAGGCCACCAAUGAAAAAUGUUUUGUUAAUGCUGGAAGGGAUUGUUAAUGUUGAAAUUCCUCCAAGUCCUUACCUUUAUAGUUCUUCUAGUUAA